ACAACACAAGGUCAAAGUUUACACGUGCAACGUCACGAUAGGAACACAGUUGGAACGUCAGCUUCCAAAGAAAACAUACAUUUCUGCGUGAAUUGUGCUUGAUUUAACGUUUAAUUUAGCGGUUUUAAUUAAAGAGGAUACAAUGCAGAUGCUUUGAAUGCAUAUCGAGACGUACAGUAGUAGUUGGUCAUUUUUUUAAAGUUUGAGUUACGAAUUUGCAGCGGAGCUAGUGAGCUAACGGUAGUUUGCUAGACAUGGAUCCGCUAGACAUAGUAAUGGACGAAGUGGCGUUGGAGGGACUGGACGGGGUUACUAUCCUCUCUCUGUGGAUUCGGUUGGAAAAGAGGAACCCCGCUUUCCCACGGAAUCUAGACCCGUGUACUAAAGAGUUCAUUUGGAAAUCCUUGGUCUCGAACCACGAAGUCGACUUCUACGAGCUGCCGCAAGAGAGAGCGGAUGUCGUGCUCGUCGACCGAUUUGCAGACAUAGAUCCAGACACGGGGAUUCAGGAAGCAUCCCAUUGGGACAGAGUGGACUCCUACCCUGUCCAGAUCUUAUUGGAGGAUAAGAGUGGAAUCCAGGGCUCGUGUGUCUUCUUCAACGAGAGGAGAAACGUCACCCCAAUCAUCCGCACCACCAACCUGAUGCCGUGUGUAACGGUAGAGGACGCCUUCAAAAGGUGGGGGAGGAAGCUGGUAAUGGUGGCCUCCCAGAGGUUAAGGUUCAGGGUGUUAAUAGGUGACGGAGGAGACCCGGACUUGAAGCUGACUGACCACUCAUACUGUAUCCUGGAGAGGGUGGGGAGGGCCCGCUGGCAGGGAGAGCUACAGAGAGACCUGCACUCCUGCUCAUUCAAGACGGACCCGAGGAAGAUGCACUACUUGAGGAAGUCUCUGACACAGAAUGAUCUGAUCACCAUGCAGUCUCAUGUCCUCAGACUGGCCAGCGGAGCACAGCAACACUCCAUACUGCUCCUGCUCAAACGCUUCCACGUAGACCGGCGUAGUAAGUAUGAUAUCCUGAUGGAGUUGACCUCUAACCUCCUGUCAGAGGCGCCCAACCACACAGCCUCCAUGAUCACACUACGAGACCAACUGAGUAUCAGUGAGAGGACCUUCAAGCGUAUGUAUCAGUACAUGCAAGCAGCCAAACUGGUCCAAGUGGUCAUUAAACCAGUUGAACACCUCAACCCUACAGUAGGCCCCUGUGAUACCAGGAGAGGCACCAAGGUGGUGGCUCGCUGUCUGAAGCUAAUCAAACCCUACGUGAGGAAGGAGGUGGUCGAGGCUGAGGAUGACGAUGAUAACGACGAUGAUGAUGGGGGAGGAGCAAAUAGGAAGACCGUCCCCACAGAGGGGCGGAUCAUGGAGAGAGACUUCCUCUCACAGGCCUAUGGGAUCAUCGUGUCCUGCGGGACCAAGGGCAUCUCUCAGAGUGCGUUGCGUGCGAGGAUGUGCAUCGGCAAGCUGGAGUCUCGAAUGAUCUGCCGACUGCUGGAGAGGACAGACAUGAUCAAGGGUUUCAUGGAAGACGAGGGUCGUCAGAGGACCACUAAGUACCUCGGCCAUCUGCACGUCGACGAGUCCGAUCUGCUUCGACAUCUCGUGAAAGAGCAGGAGCGAUCAGAGCGGCUUCGCACUGUAGGGGGAGGAGGGGAAGGAGAGGGGGCGCCCCAAACCCCAGCGCAGGCCACCCUAAAAACACCAGCUACCACAAAGACUCGGCCUACCCGUAAAACAACAUCGCCUCUGGAACCUCUGGGAAACACUGUAGGGGGAGGAGGGGAAGGAGAGGGGGCCCCCCAAACCCCAGCGCAGGCCACCCUAAAAACACCAGCUACCACAAAGACUCGGCCUACCCGUAAAACAACAUCGCCUCUGGAACCUCUGGGAAACACUGAGGGAGAGGAGGAGAGAGAGAGGGACGAGGAUGACGAAGACUGGGAAGUCGAGAAGAAAGUGAAGAAGAAGGGAGCGAAGAAAAAAAAGAAAGUGGGCAAGAUGUCUCUCCUGAAGCAGUCCAAACUCAACUUCCUGGUAGCUCAUCACUCUGCACCUAUCACGAGUGGAGCCAAUCAGGAGCCAGAGCUGGAAUCUUGGCUCAGCCCAGUUGAGGAGGAGGAGUCAAAAUUCGGUCCGGACGUUUCAUUGGACCAGACGGGGAGUAUGUUCGCAGGCAACAGCCAAGCAGAGGACAGCGUCACGGUCAUCGAGGAGAUCCCCAGUCAGAAGGAGCACCACCGCCAGACGUACCGCCUGCUGAAGAGGAAGAACGUGAUUGUGGAAGCUGUUCAGAGCCUCAAGAUCAUAGAGGGCCUCUUCACAAUCCAGAGGUUGGUUCAGGAUGAGGAGAAGCUAGAUGGUGUGAACACUAAGUGUUGUAAGAAGUCUAUCCUGCGUCUCAUCAGAUCUCUGUCUAAAGAGGGAAUGCUCAAACUGUUCAGAACCACUGUUAUACAGGACGGAGUCAGCAAGAAGGUGGAGUUUAUAGUCCACCCCUCUGUCUCUCCUAGUGAUGCUUUAGUGAAGUCGGCUAUAGAACAGGUCCGCUUCCGCAUCUCCAGCUCCUACCCUGCUGCACGUAAUGAAAUGCAGGAAGAGGAGAAGGCGAAGGAGAGGGAGAGGAGCAGUGUGGGAAAUGACGUGCUUGCUGAACCCCAGAAUAUGAGAACAGAGGACAAGAUGGGAGACAAAGACAAACAACUGAAGAACUUCAAACCUUCUAUAGUCCCAGGUCUCAGCAGGUCUUUGGGGUACCAGCCUAAGAUGCCUCGUCUGAGACUGACACACACCUUCUUGUGGUAUCUGGUCUACGGACACCCCCUGAGACACCCCUCUACCCCCACUCCCCCUGACCUCCACAACACCUCCAGCUCUGUCGUCCUCCCCACGGAUAACCCUGGUGUCCAGACUACCUACCCCACCACCCCCAGUAACCCCUCACAACCCCAAACUACACACCCUGACGACACCCAUCCUUCUAGCUCUGAACACACAGACCUCCCCACCGCAACCCCCCGAAACACAGACUCCCCCAAUCCCCAGAACUCAAACCUCCCCACCUCAUCCCCCCGAAAUACAGACUCCCCCAAUCCCCAGAACUCGGACCUCCCCACCUUAACCCCCCGAAAUACAGACUCCCCCAAUCCCCAGAACUUAGACCUCCCCACCUCAACCCCCCGAAACACAGACUCCCCCAAUCCCCAGAACUCAGACCUCCCCACCUCAACCCCCCGAAACACAGACUCCCCCAAUCCCCAGAACUCAGACCUCCUCGACACCCAGAGCCCACCCACUGACAACGCUGCAGUAAGUGACCCCGCCUCCACAGAGGGACAGCCAGGCCUGACCCCUGACCCGGAAGUGAUGUCAUCGUUGGCGGAGGAAGAGCAGGAGGUGAUCAAUCUGACAGAUGUCGGACACGACCCUGACAUGAAAGUCUAUGUAGAUGAGGUGUCUUGGAGGAGGUUCAUCCCCCCGGCUCCGGUCCACAGAGAGUUUGGUCCAGGCUGGGCCCUGACCUCUGAUGUUGUUCUCUGUCUGCCUCUCUCCAUCUACAUUCAGAUUAUACAGAUAUCCUUCAAGGUGGAUGGUUUGGAGGAGUAUCUGAACGACCCAGUGAAGCAGCACUACCUUAUCAGGUUCCUGCCUUCUAGGAUGAAGACCCAACUACUGCACAAACGGAAGUACAUCUUUAGUUUCCAUGACAGCAUGCAGCGUCUGAUUUUCAUGGGUCUGCUGCAGUUUGGCCCGGUGGAGAAGUUCCAAGACAAAGACCAGGUGUACCUGUAUGUGAAGCGUAACUGUAUGAUAGUAGACACUACUAUGUGUGAGCCCCACUAUAACCUGGUGUUGGAGACGAGGGUGUUUGAGAGACGCAGAUACACCCUGAACACCCUGACAGACGUAGAUAACUACUGGUUUGACCUGAUGUGUGUCUGCCUCAACACACCACUUGGCGUGAUCAGGAAGGAGCGUCCGAAGAGCAGCUCUGCCUCCAAAUCCCAGGAGGGGCCAGUCGGGGUUCCCGUGGAUACAGACCGCCACAAGUUCCGUCACCUGGAUCACAUGCUCAAGGGCAGCAGGGAGGUGUGUUACACAGCAGUAAUACCAGGGGACGGUAAAGGAGCAGGAGGUCUGGACUCUGAGUUCUUCGGACACCUCAAACGCAACUGGAUUUGGACCUGUCAUCUGAUGAGAACCAAGAGGAGCAACAACCAGUACGAGUCCAGUAACACCGUGAGACUGAAUAGUCUACUGACCAAACAUGUGACCAUGGAUAGAGGCCCCAAGUUCCCCGGGCCCCAGUCCUCUAAGCAGAGGGUCCCAGCAGGGUUGAGGUUGGAGGAGGUCCACAUCUCCACUGAGCCGUCCAGUAGGAACCGGCUGGUUAAAGGAGGGAAGAAGCAGAAGAGGAAGAGAACCAUUAAACUGAAAAAACAGGCCAAAACACCACAGAAGAAGAAGAAAGGUGGGUCCAGACACACAGGUCAAAACACCACAGAAGAAGAAGAAAGGUGGGUCCAGACACACAGGUCAAAACACCACAGAAGAAGAAGAAAGGUGGGUCCAGACACACAGGUCAAAACACCACAGAAGAAGAAGAAAGGUGGGUCCAGACACACAGGUCAAAACACCACAGAAGAAGAAAGGUGGGUCCAGACACACUGGUCAAAACACCACAGAAGAAGAAGAAAGGUGGGUCCAGACACACAGGUCAAAACACCACAGAAGAAGAAAGGUGGGUCCAGACACACAGGUCAAAACACCACAGAAGAAGAAAGGUGGGUCCAGACACACCAGGUCAAAACACCACAGAAGAAGAAGAAAGGUGGGUCCAGACACACAGGUCAAAACACCACAGAAGAAGAAAGGUGGGUCCAGACACACAGGUCAAAACACCACAGAAGAAGAAGAAAGGUGGGUCCAGACACACAGGUCAAAACACCACAGAAGAAGAAAGGUGGGUCCAGACACACCAGGCCAAAACACCACAGAAGAAGAAGAAAGGUGGGUCCAGACACACAGGCCAAAACACCACAGAAGAAGAAAGGUGGGUCCAGACACACCAGGCCAAAACACCACAGAAGAAGAAGAAAGGUGGGUCCAGACACACAGGCCAAAACACCACAGAAGAAGAAGAAAGGUGGGUCCAGACACACAGGUCAAAACACCACAGAAGAAGAAGAAAGGUGGGUCCAGACACACAGGUCAAAACACCACAGAAGAAGAAAGGUGGGUCCAGACACACAGGUCAAAACACCACAGAAGAAGAAAGGUGGGUCCAGACACACCAGGUCAAAACACCACAGAAGAAGAAGAAAGGUGGGUCCAGACACACCAGGUCAAAACACCACAGAAGAAGAAGAAAGGUGGGUCCAGACACACUGGUCAAAACACCACAGAAGAAGAAGAAAGGUGGGUCCAGACACACAGGUCAAAACACCACAGAAGAAGAAAGGUGGGUCCAGACACACAGGUCAAAACACCACAGAAGAAGAAGAAAGGUGGGUCCAGACACACAGGUCAAAACACCACAGAAGAAGAAAGGUGGGUCCAGACACACAGGUCAAAACACCACAGAAGAAGAAAGGUGGGUCCAGACACACCAGGCCAAAACACCACAGAAGAAGAAGAAAGGUGGGUCCAGACACACAGGUCAAAACACCACAGAAGAAGAAAGUGCUGAGACGAGGGUUAGAUUAUAACAAAACAUUUCACAGUUUUGUUUUAUAUUUUGGGAGGGUUUGGCCGCCCGGGAUGAUAAUUGUAGUGUGUGUGUGUGUGUGUGCAGUCGAGGUUAGAAAGCGGCCCCCAGUCCAUGAUGCAGCAGACCACAAAGCUCUGAUGAUGAUGACCAGACAGAGAGUAACAUGGAGCGUCAGCGAGGACUCUGUACUCAUCCUCUGUAGAGUCGCUUCCCACUUCCUGAACCGCAAGCUCCGCAGGCCCUUCGUCCCGUGGUGUGUAGUGAGGGAUCUGCUCCACGCGGAGUUUGAAGAGUCUCUGGAUAAAACCUCUCCGUCUGUUGGACGACGAUCACGUUACAUACUGAAGAACCCACAGACACACCUCAACUACAAGAUCUGUCUGGCGGAGGUGUACCAGGACAAGCCUCUGAUAGCGAAACUACAGGGAAGGAAACAUGACCCCAACGACCCCAAGGAAUGUUCUACAGUGUUCCGGGAGUUUGUGUCGUUACUCAGACAGAAGUUCAGCUCCGCCUCCGGGUCGUGUGAUGUCACCAUCCCUGACACCAAGACACAGCUGUUCUCACGGUUUAAGGUGUACACCCUGGAGGACAUGUCAGAUGAGAACACCAAGGACUCUCUCAACAGUAUUGAGGACAUCCACUCCCUGGUGUUGAAUAAUCUGAUCCAGAGUACAUUGGCCAUGUCCAACUCUCAGAUGAAAUGCUGCCGAUCCUUCCAGACCUUCCAUACCUACAGUAGGUACCGUCAGGAGGUUCUGUGUCAGGUGUUUGUCCAGUGCAGGAAGAAGGGAUUGGUCAACAGACGAAGGAUCAGUCAACUGUGUGGCCCCAAUAAGAACCGUGCCCUACCCAUCCUGCCCAUGUCUUACCAACUGUCUCAGAGUUACUACAGGUGUUUUACAUGGCGUCUGCCCACUGGUCUGUGUACAGAGGUGUUUGACUUCAUGCAGGCCUUGAGUGAGAACGGGACUGGAGACAACCACCCUUCCACGGUCUUCAUACACGAAGGAAAGGAGAAGAGGGAGAGCAUGGAGAGAGGGGAGGUGGGCAUGGAGAGAGGGGAGGUGGGCACGGAGAGAGGGGAGGUGGGCACGGAGACGGAGAGGGAGAGAGGGGAGGAGAGAAGUGAGGAGAAUAUGGAUAAGGAAAGAGGGGAGGAGGAGAGAGAAAAAGAGAAAGAUGAAGAUAUGGAGACAGAAGACAGAGGGAAGAACACAGAGAACGAGCAAUUGGAGGAGAACGAGGACAACGCGGCCCACAACCAAGUGGAAGAACAGGUCUCGUCUUUUACCGUCCAUGGAGUUGAGUCUACCUCCGGGGACCCUGCCUCCUGUCCUCUCACCCAGACGGAGGAGCCGGAGUCGGGCCUUGACCCCUCUCUCCCUCUGGAUCUCACGGAGAUGUUGCAGUUCUCUCUGGAGUCCCCGGGGGGCGCCACUCUGGCCUGUCUCAGUCUGAUGACUCUGGGUCUGCUGUCAGUCCACGUCUCCAUACCUGAACACAUAGUGGUGUUGGACAGCACCAUGGUGGACAAUGAGGUGGUUAAGAGUAUCUCAGUGCUGGCUGAGGAUGAUGAUGAAGAAGAGGAGAACGAGGGGCGGAGGGGGAUCGAGGUGAGGGCUCACAAGGCGUCCCACACCAAGUACCUGAUGAUGCGUGGAUACUGCGUUCCCGGGAUCGUCAACCUCCGAAACCUCAACACCAACGAUAGUAUCGUGGUGGAAUCGUGCACCAUGAGACUAUAUCUACGACACACACCUGUGCACACACUGUUUAUUACCCAGGACUCUCCUUCCAUAGACUUCUCCAGACAUGGUCCCUCUCUCCUCCCCUCUUUACUCUCCCAUUCCCUCAGAGCCCAUCCCUCCUCCUCUCCCUCCUCCUCCCCCCUCCCCUUCUCCCCCUCCUCCUCCGUAGAGGUGUGUGAGGGGCGUCUGGUGACUCAGAGAGGGUAUAGCCCAGAGGACAUUGGUGCUGUGGCAGAGCUCAGAGCAACGCUGGAGAGACACGGAGCCUUCGGAUUGGACAGGCGGGACCUGGUGACAUCACACACACACCUGGCCGACCCGAGAGACGGACGUACCAGAGGUCUGCAGCGGUACAUACAGGACUUGCUGGAGGAAGAGCUGUUGUUGGAGGUGGGAGGGAGCUCAGUGCGUCUGGUGUUACUGAGUCACGCUGAGCCCUGGCUACUGACCUCCACAGAGAGGCAGAGAGACCGGCCACACCAAGCCCAGCGAGGAGCCUCUGCCUCUGGGGACAGAAAGCACCACAACCCCCUCCUCCGCAAGAGAAGAAUGGUGGCCCCCAGAGAGCAGGAACCACGUAGUAAGAGAGGGAGAAGAGAAACGCUGAUGGAGGAAGAGGAGGAGGAGAGGAAGAAGAUGCAGCCUGAAGAGAAAGACAGGAACGAGACUGCAGAGGAGAGAUGGAUGAAGAGAAGAGAGGAGGAGGAGGAAGGGAAAGAAGAAGAGAGGGUACAUGAGGAACCAUCAUCUACCAUUGAGACAGAACAGAGCACAGAGGGCGACGGCGAGAAGCCAUUUUCAUCUCUAGCCGAGGAAGAGGAUGGUGAAGCUAGCGGUCUGCGCGAGGAAGAGGAUGGUGAAGCUAGCGGUCUGCGUGAGGAAGAGGACGGUGAAGCUAGCGGUCUGCACGAGGAAGAGGACGGUGAAGCUAGCGGUCUGCGCGAGGAAGAGGACGGUGAAGCUAGCGGUCUGCGUGAGGAAGAGGAUGGUGAAGCUAGCGGUCUGCGUGAGGAAGAGGAUGGUGAAGCUAGCGGUCUGCGCGAGGAAGAGGACGGUGAAGCUAGCGGUCUGCGCGAGGAAGAGGAUGGUGAAGCCAGCGAUCUGCGUGAGGAAGAGGACGACAGCGGCGGCGUGUGUGACGUGUCGUUCGUCAGCCGUCCGUGGCGUAUCGUGGACGGCAGUCUGAACAGGCCGGUGUGUAAAGGCAUGCUGGACGCUGUCCUCUACCACGUCAUGACCCGGCCCGGUUUACCAGAACACGUCUUACUGGAACACUACAGAGGGGUCUUGCAGCCAGUGGUGGUACUGGACCUCGUGCAGGCCCUCGUUGAGUUGGGCUGUAUCAAGAAGAGGUACGUGACCAGACGUCCCAAACCCUCCCUCUUCUCCCGCCCAGCCGCUGUCCUCAUGGUGGGAGAGGAGAGAGAGGGAGAGACGGGGGUGAGGCUGGAGGAGACGGGGGUGAGGCUGGAGGAGACGGGGGUAAGACCGGCUGAGACGACCACUGUGUUCUAUGAGCCGACCAUCGACUGCUGUCUGCGUCUAGGACAGGUUUUACCCCAUGAAAACAACUGGAACCAGUGGGUCCAGUUCGCACAACAUGAGAACAAACAGUAAGGACUGGAGUUAAAACUGAUCAGCGUGCUAAUAAAAGAGUUUAUAUUGUGAAAAUGAAAGUUAGUCCCUGUCCGUUUCGUUCCCUAUGAUUCUGUUUGGUUUCAUUGAGUUGUCAGUGGAUACACACCAGGACUGCUAGGGGACGGGAGUUUUACUUGAUCAGGAUUAAUAGGCCCAGGAGUUAAAACAACAAGUUUCUUCACAGUGGUUAACCCAAAGGUCUUUCGUUCUGACUCUUACCGGACAGCAAGAUUAGAUGUUUAGUUUCAGUUGUAGUGACACAGAGCUCUGGGAAUUAGUUUCAGUUGUAGUGACACAGAGCUCUGGGAAUUAGUUUCAGUUGUAGUGACACAGAGCUCUGGGAAUUAGUUUCAGUUGUAGUGACACAGAGCUCUGGGAAUUAGUUUCAGUUGUAGUGACACAGAGCUCUGGGAAUUAGUUUCAGUUGUAGUGACACAGAGCUCUGGGAAUUAGUUUCACAUCUCAGAUGUCCUUUCAUUGGGGAAAACCUGUUAAUUUCAUUUCAGUUUCGUUAUUGUUUUCUUGAAAGUGUGAUUUAAUAAAAAUUCAAAUCGUGAAA